UAAUUCCAGUCCCUGUAUGUUUAGAAGGAGAUCGAAUUUUGUCAAGAUACUUGGGGGUUUGGACUGCUUUGUUAAAAUGGGGCCUAUUUUGGCCCUGUUUAUUUUCCUCCUGAUUCCACUGGAGAUUGCGGCACAAGACUGUAGAUUACAAGAUGAGCAAGUAUCAGUUCUUGAAAAUAACCCAAUAAAUUACACUUUGACAAACGUGACAACUAACCCUGGUUUUGAAGUGGUUGUGCCUCCUGAUUUUUCUUAUUUAUUGGAAGUUGUGGAUUCCAAAUUAAUACUGAAACCAAGCGUAGAUUAUGAGAUAAAUCAGAGUUUUGUAGUUCUACUGCAGUGUGAGAACAAUGGAGGAAUUGUUCUUGUCAUGACUUUUGUUAUCAUUGUAGUUAAUGUGAACGAUAAUCCACCAGUGUUCUCACAUUCAAGCUAUAAUUUUACCGUUCCUGAGGAUCUUAAAGUGAAUUCUGCCAUUGGUCCAAGAAUUGAAGCGACAGACCUAGACAAUGACCCCUUGUCAUAUGAGCUGAAAGAAAUGGAUAUGACAGAUGCUGUUUACUUCCGACUGACCUCAGUUAGUAACGCACUUAUUCUAGUGAACCAAUCAUUAGAUUAUGACAAGUUCCAAAAGACACAGCUGUAUCUCAUUGUCCGGGAUUCUGCCAUAUAUGGGGGACCUUUUACAUCAACAGCUACCAUAAAUAUUGAAAUUCAGGAUGUUGAUAAUGUACCACCUCGGUUCAUUCCCUGUACGGAUAUAGGAAACAAAAUAUGCAUCAGCAGUGGUUACAAAUGUAAUGUAACUCGAUCAGAACUGGUGACUGGACCUCUCAUUUUAUCACCUGGCCCAAUAUAUGCAGUGGAUGGAGAUGUUACUUUUGAUCCCAUUAUUUUGUACUCCAUUAUCAGUGGGAAUAAUGACAACAUCUUUUCUAUGGACCAGUCCACUGGAAAUAUAACAAUGCUAAAACCAGCUGAUCAGCUGAGACCCAUUAUCAUGCAGGUCAUGGGUCACCAAGCAAAUGAUCCCUUACAGUAUGCUAUGACAACAGUCCAAAUUGAAGUCCUGGAUAAAAAUGAACACCCACCAACCUUUGAAAAGAGCAGUUACCUUGGGCAGAUAACUUCUGGUUCUGAAAUUGGAAGUUUCAUACUUGAUUCGAGUGGUCAAAGUAAACCCCUACAAGUAUUUGCCAUGGAUGAAGAUUUCCCUGAUAAGGUGAACCCAAACAUUAUUUAUAUAAUUCAAGGUAAUAAUAAUUUCACCAUUACUCGUGAUGGCUAUAUCAGGACCAAUGCAGAAUUCCAAUCCCCAUCCUCCACAAAUUUUAUGGUAACUGCAACUGACAGUGUCACUAAUGAAUUAGCUACGACGUCAGUCACAGUGGAGAUCACCCCAGGCAUCACCACACCUGCACCAACUACUACUACUCCUAUGAUAAGUACUACUACUGGAACACGCAGUACUACAAGUUCUAUUAUUGGAACAGGUACCACUACAAGUACCACUCCUGGAACAGGAACAACAAUAAGAACCACUUCUGGAACAGGUACAACUACAAGUACCACUCCUGGAACAGGGACAACAAUAAGAACCACUUCUGGAACAGGUACCACUACAAGUACCACUCCUGGAACAGGGACAACAAUAAGAACCACUUCUGGAACAGGUACCACUACAAGUACCACUCCUGGAACAGGGACAACAAUAAGAACCACUUCUGGAACAGGUACCACUACAAGUACCACUCCUGGGACAGGAACCCCUACACGUACAACUCUGGGAACAGGAACCACUAUAAGUACAACUCCUGGAACAGGAACAACAAUAAAAAACACUCCUGGAACAGGUACCACUAGAAGUACCACUCCUGGAACAGGUACCACUAGAAGUACCACUCCUGGAACAGGAACUACAAUAAGAACCACUUCUGGAACAGGUACCACUACAAGUAUCACUCCUGGAACAGGAACCACUACAAGUACAACUCGUGGAACAGGAACAACAAUAAAACCCACUACUGGAACAGGCACCACUAGAAAUAUUACUCCAGCAUUAGGCACCACUGCUAGUACUACUCGAGGAACAGGCACAACUACAAGUACGACUUCUGGAACAGGCACCACUGCACAUACCACUCCUACUACACGUGGAACAGGUUCAACUACAAGUACCACUCCUAGAACAGGAACAACAAUAAGUAUCACUCCUGGAACAGGCACAACAACAAGUACCACUAGAGGAACAGGCACCACAACAACUAUAGCUCCUGGAACAGGCACGACUAGAAGUACAACUCCUGGAACAGGCACCACUAAAAGUAACACCCCUGGAGCAGGCAUUACUACAAGUACCACCACUAAUACAGGCCCCACAAUAAGUACCACUACUAGGACAGGCACAUCUUCAAGUGUAAUUACUGGAACAGACACAGCUACAAGUGUCAGUACUGGAACAGGUGAGGGCUCUAAUAUAAUUUUUAAAGGUUACUCAUCCUCGGAUAUGGCAGCCGUUGGUGCAUCCCUCGGUGCAAUCCUUGCUCUGUGUUUGGUUGGUCUGGGAUUCUUGCUGUACAAGCAAUAUGGAGAUAAAAUAAGAGCCAGACUGGGAAAACAGCAAGGAAAUGAUUAUGACUCUUUUGAUGGAGGAACACGACCAUUCACGAAUGAAGAGUCAGGAGAUAUCUCUGGCCAAGACCUAGCAAUAGAAAACCCUACCGAUUUGGAAGACAACAUUUCCCCUUUUAAUGUGAAUUUUAGUAUUGACAAUGAUGUUCUAGCAGAACCUUUGACAGAAAGUAACCUUUUCACAGCAGCAGCAGCGGCCACCAGCUUCCUACCAUCAGAGAAUCCCACAGAUAUUCAGGGACCUGAAAGAUUAACUGAUGAUAGCGAUUCAGAAGAUACAAAGGGUGUGAAGUCUAUCCUGACUAAAGAGCACAAGGACGACCCCAGUUACAAAGCUGUGUGGUUUAUGGAAGGAGCUGAGCCCGAAGUUGUUGUUAUUGAAGGAGUUGAAGAAGGGGAGGGUGAUGAAUAUGAUGCAGCGGAAGAGUUUAGCAAUAACCAACAAGAGGAAUAUGAAGAUGAUGAACCUAUACCUAUGUUCCAAAAUAUUCCCGAUAACAUGAAUGACUUCACUAUGCUCUAACUUACCAUUUUUAUUUAAUUGAGUAAUUAAGGUGUAUGGUUUUCUUCAUUUUUCUUUCUUUUUGUUUUUUUUUGUUUUUGCUUUUACUGAUAAAACAGUUCCAUGGGUACCACUGCUGAAUUGUUCUUUAUCAGACUGUUCUAAGUACUGGGUUGUAGGUGCAAUCCAUAUUCAGUAGCGUAAAUUAUUUUUUGUUAUCAAUCUAGUUAACAUGCAGCGAUUGAAAACAAUAGAAAACAUAACUUAUAUUUCAUGAAUGUUUUAUUGUAAAUACAAUUGUAAUGUAA